CCUUUAAAGGGCGCAGACCGGCCGGGGCGGGAGCAGACGCCGAGCAACAGCGGCGGAGGGGUGUGUGUGUGCUGUGGAAAAGGAGGCAUCCUUGGAAGCAGGUGGGGAAGACUGAGGUUUGCCUCACCCAGGAAGAUCUGUGGCAUUGAUGCCGUGGUUUUGAACCCACCCCUUCCAAGGCCCAAGGCUGAUCUUGGUUUUGACGGACAACUCUGAAAUGUUUGUGUAACAGGCUGAAUGAGCUUCCUCUGUCUGGCCCGGCCUGACCCCAGGCAAGUCCCCGGUGAUCAUGUGGUGGUGGCGGCAGCUGCUCACCACUACGGCUGCUGUUCUCCUCUCCUUGUUGCCAUCUGUCCUAGGCCUCCUGCCCACUCACACUGCCUUCACUGUCUCAGAUGUGGCCCUCACGCAUCUAGCUGUCCACCAUGACAUGGGAGAGGUCUACCUUGGGGCUGUCAACCGCAUCUACAAGCUUUCGGCUAACCUGACCCAACUACGGGCUCAUACGACUGGCCCUGUACCAGAUGACCCUCGAUGUUACCCUCCCCCUGGAGUCCGGCUCUGUGCUCACCGGCUCUCCCCUGCUGACAAUGUCAAUAAAUUGCUGCUGAUUGACUAUGCUGGUAAUCGCUUGGUGGCUUGUGGCAGCGUUUGGCAAGGAGUUUGCCAGUUGUUGCAGUUGGAAGAUUUGGCCAAGCUGGGUGAGCCACACCAGCGCAAAGAGCACUAUCUUUCGGGUGGUCGCGAACCAGAUGCCAUGGUCGGUGUGAUUGUGGAACAGCCGAAAGAGCCCAGCCAAUUCUUUGUGGGCACCUCCAUAGGUGGGCGCUCAGAGUACUUCCCCACUCUCUCCAGCCGCCGCCUGACCCCCAAUGCCAACAGUCCUGAGAUGUUCAGCCUUGUUUAUCAGGACGAGUUUGUCUCCUCUCAGAUCAAAGUUCCUUCGGACACUCUUUCACUCUAUCCUGCCUUUGACAUCUAUUAUGUGUCGGCGUUUGUGUCUGGCGGGUUUGUUUAUUUCCUCACCUUGCAGCUAGACACUGCUCAGACUCCCUUGGAGCCAGCAGGAGGUCCAGUUGGACCAGGGGUAACUGGCGGGGAGCGGUUCUUUUCCUCAAAGAUCGUACGGUUGUGUGCCAACGACACAGAGUUCUACUCCUAUGUGGAAUUUCCCCUGGGUUGCUCCAAGGAUGGCGUGGAGUACCGUCUCGUGCAAGCUGCUCAGCUGGCCAAAGCGGGUCGGCAGCUGGCCCAGUCGCUGGGCAUUGCCGAAGGGCAGGAUGUAUUAUAUGCUGCUUUCUCACAAGGCCAGAAAAACCGAGCCACCCCACCUCGUGAAAGUCUCCUCUGCCUCUUCACCCUGGAUGAGAUCAACCAGCGUAUCCGGGAGCGCAUCCAGUCAUGUUAUCGUGGCGAAGGGCGGCUCUCCCUCCCGUGGCUUCUCAACAAAGAGUUGCCCUGCAUCAACACGCCGAUGCAGAUCAAUGGGAAUUUCUGUGGGUUGGUGUUGAAUCAACCCCUGGGGGGACUCCAGGUCAUUGAGGGACGACCCCUGCUUGAGGAGAAGACGGAGGGCAUGGCUAGCGUUGCAGCCUACACCUAUCGUGGCCACUCUGUUGUCUUUAUCGGAACUCGUGCUGGCAACCUUAAAAAGGUUCGUGUGGACAAUCCCAAUGAGGCCCAUCUCUAUGAGUCUGUGCCGGUGAUGCCUGGAGAGCCCCUGCUGCGUGACAUGGUCUUGAGUCCUGACCAGCGAUACCUCUACCUGCUCAGUCAGAAACAGGUGGUGCGUCUUCCGGUGGAGAACUGUGAGCAGUAUUUGACUUGUGCCGAUUGCCUUGGUUCGAGAGAUCCCCACUGUGGCUGGUGUGUGCUGCACAACAGGUGUUGUAGGGAGAGCGAGUGUCCCCGAGCUGCUGAGCCUCACCGGUUCACAUCGACUUUGACGCAAUGUGUGCAGCUGCUUAUUGAACCAAAUAACAUAUCAGUGACGGAGCCUAGCAUUGUGCUCCAUCUUACUGUCCACAAUGUCCCAGACCUGACUGCUGGUGUGACUUGUUCCUUCGAGAGCCUUGGAGAGAGUGAGGGGCAGCUCCAAGUGGAUGGAGGAAUCCAAUGCCUUUCUCCUACAUUGAGGGAUGAGCCCCCAGGGGAGUACGGUGAUGUUCGCACAGUCAAACUUCAGCUUCUCUCCAAAGAGACUGGUGUGGAAUUUGCCAGCACAAACUUUGUCUUUUAUGACUGCAGCCUUCUCCGCACGUGCCUGUCAUGUGUCAGCAGCCACUAUCCUUGCCAUUGGUGUAAAUACAGACACACUUGCACCCACAAUGUGGCUAAAUGCUUCUUCUUGGAGGGACGAGUCAACACCACAGAGGGCUGCCCAGAGCUGCUCCCUGGUGGGGAGAUCUUAAUACCAGUGGGAGUGCUGCAACCUAUUACUCUACGUGCCAAAAACCUUCCACAACCCCAAUCGGGCCAGAAGAACUAUGAGUGUGUCCUGGGCAUCCAAGGUCGCCAACAGCGGGUGCCAGCUGUGCGCUUCAACUCGAGCAGUGUGCAGUGCCAGAAUACCUCGUAUUGGUAUGAUGGUGAGGAAGUGGGAGAGCUGCCACUGGACUUCGAUGUCAUUUGGGAUGGAGACUUUGCGAUUGACAAGCCGCCAGGAUUCAAAGCUUUGUUGUACAAAUGUUCUGCCCAGCGUUCUAGCUGUGGCCUGUGCCUCAAGUCGGACCCACGCUAUGAGUGCGGUUGGUGUGUUCCCGAACGUCGGUGUCUCUUGCGGCCUCAUUGCCCUGCUUCCCGUCAGAAUUGGGUGCCGCCAGGCCGGCGGGGCGCUCGCUGUGCCCACCCUCGGAUCACCCAAGUACUGCCACUAACUGGCCCCAAGGAAGGAGGGACACGGGUGACAGUUUGGGGCGAGAACCUGGGGCUACAUUUCUUUGAGGUGGGGGUCCGUGUGGCUGGGGUGCGCUGCAGCUCUCUUCCUGCGGAGUACAUCAGUGCUGAAAGGCUGGUGUGUGAACUGGAACCAUCGCUUCUACCAGACCCUCCGCCUGGGCCAGUGGAGCUCUGUGUCGGGGACUGCAGUGCUGACUACCGGACCCAGUCGGACACUCCCUUCACUUUUGUGACUCCCAGUUUUUAUGGAGUGGACCCAGAACGAGGUCCCACUUCAGGAGGGACGAAAAUCAGCCUCCUAGGGACCCAUCUGGAUGCUGGAAGCAAUGUCAGUGUUGCAAUCCGAGGAGCGCCGUGUCGGCUGAUCAGACGCAGUGCGGGGGAGAUUGUCUGCCUGUCUCCCCCCUCGGUGCUAGGCCCGGGCCCUGCCAAUCUCAGCCUUCGCAUCGACCGCGCUAACAUCAGCACCAAUGGCACCAUCUCCUUCCGCUACAGCCCUGACCCAGUUGUCACAGCAAUAGAGCCCGCCUGGAGCAUUGCCAAUGGUAGCACCAGCCUCACCGUGAGUGGGACUCACCUGCUGACAAUUCAGGAGCCACGGGUUCGAGCUGCCUAUGGUGGAAUAGAAACCAUCAAUAGCUGUCAGGUGCUAAAUGACACCGUAAUGUUAUGCAAAGCCCCAGGCAUUGUACCUGGAGAGCAGGCACUGCCUCUGGCGGGUGCUCAUCCCAGUGAAUUUGGUUUCCUCCUGGAUGACGUGUUUGCUGUGCGUACCCUGAAUCGUUCAGCCUUUACCUACUACCCAGACCCCAGCUUUGAGUCGUUUGGCCCCAGCGGCAUCCUGGAGAUCAAGCCUGGAUCCCAUGUGGUUCUCAAGGGCAGGAACUUGAUUCCAGCAGUCUCAGGGAGCACACGGCUCAACUAUACUGUGUUGAUUGGAGGAGAGCCUUGCACACUGACUGUCUCAGAGACCCAACUGCUGUGCGAUUCACCAAGCCAAACUGGGGAGCAGCCAGUCACGAUCCUAGUAGGGGGCUUGUCCUUCUCCCCUGGGACCCUUCAUAUCUAUCCGGAGGCCGCCCUGCCAUUACCGGCUCUCGUUGGGCUUGGAGCAGGAGGAAGCUUGCUGUUGGGGGCAAUCAUCGGGGUGUUGGUGGCCUAUAAACGCAAGACCCGGGACGCAGACCGUACCUUGAAACGCCUUCAGCUGCAAAUGGACAACUUGGAGUCUCGCGUGGCCCUGGAGUGCAAGGAAGCUUUUGCUGAACUGCAGACAGACAUUAAUGAGCUGACAAAUAACAUGGAUGGAGUGAAGAUCCCUUUCCUGGACUAUCGGACAUAUGCGAGGCGUGUGCUCUUCCCGGGGGUGGACGAUCACCCGGCACUGCAAGAAACCAGUACCCCACCAAGCACAGAGAAAGGUCUCCGUCUCUUUGGGCAACUGCUGCACACACGGCCUUUCCUGUUGACCUUCAUUCAUACAUUGGAGGGCCAGCGUGCCUUCUCCAUGCGAGACCGAGGGGCCGUCGCUUCUUUGACUAUGGUGGCCUUGCAGGGCAGGCUCGACUACGCAACUGGGGUGCUGAAGCAGUUGUUGGCUGACCUCAUUGAGAAGAACCUGCAGAAUCGUGCCCACCCAAAACUCCUGCUCCGCCGGACGGAGUCAGUGGCUGAAAAAAUGUUGACAAAUUGGUUUACCUUUCUGCUGCACAGAUUUCUCAAGGAGUGUGCUGGAGAACCAUUAUUUAUGCUCUUCUGUGCCAUCAAGCAGCAAAUGGAGAAAGGCCCAAUAGAUGCCAUCACAGGUGAAGCACGCUACUCGCUGAGCGAGGACAAGCUUAUUCGCCAGCAGAUUGAUUACAAGACCUUGACACUGUUAUGUACCCCACCUGAGCCACCUGGGGGCCCUGCGGUGCCUGUCAAGGUGUUAAAUUGUGAUUCGGUGACACAAGUGAAGGAGAAGUUGCUGGAUGCUGUGUACCGAGGGGGGCCCUACUCACAGCGCCCACGCGCUGAGGACAUGGAGCUGGAGUGGUGUCAGGGCAACGGGGGCCGGACUGUCCUGCAGGAUGAGGAUGCCACAAGUAAAAUUGAAGGAGACUGGAAGCGUCUCAACACCCUCGGGCAUUAUCAGGUAGCAGAUGGCUCCGCAGUGGCACUGGUUCCUAGGCAGGCAUCGGGCUACAAUAUUGCCAGCUCUUUCACUUUCACCCACUCUCUGAGCCGCUAUGAGAGUUUGCUGCGUACCUCCAGCAGCCCAGAGAGCUUGCGCUCCAGAGCCCCCAUCCUCACUCCAGACCAAGAUUCAGGCACCCGUCUCUGGCAUCUGGUCAAGAACCACGAGCAUCUCGGAGAUCCCAAGGAAGGGGAACGAGGGAGCAAGAUGGUGUCUGAAAUCUACCUCACCCGACUCCUUGCCACUAAGGGCACAUUGCAGAAAUUUGUAGAUGACCUGUUUGAAACUGUGUUCAGCACAGCCCACCGGGCCAGUGCCCUCCCCCUGCCCAUCAAAUACAUGUUUGAUUUCCUGGAUGAGCAGGCAGAACGGAGACAGAUUGGCGACCCUGAUGUCCGGCAUACCUGGAAAAGUAACUGCCUGCCCUUGCGGUUUUGGGUGAAUGUCAUCAAGAACCCCCAGUUUGUUUUUGAUAUCCACAAGAGCAGCAUCACAGAUGCUUGCCUCUCUGUGGUGGCCCAGACCUUCAUGGACUCAUGCUCCACCUCCGAGCACCGCCUGGGCAAGGAUUCCCCUUCAACAAAGUUGCUCUAUGCCAAGGACAUUCCUGUCUAUAAAGGCUGGGUGGAAAGGUAUUAUCGGGACAUAACAAAGAUGGCAUCCAUCAGUGAUCAAGACAUGGAUGCUUACCUAGUAGAGCAAUCACGGCAGCAUGCGGGCGAGUUUAACACGCUGGGCGCACUGGGGGAGCUCUACAGCUAUGUGGGAAGGUAUCGUGACGAGAUCCUGACAGCGCUGGAACGUGACGUAGCCUGCCGGAAACACAAAUUGAGGCUGAAGCUUGAACAAGUCAUCACUCUCGUGUCUGGAAAUAGCUGAGAGUGCUGCGGGAGGGAAGGGGGCAAAAGGGAAGUAGGGGAACGCAUCCUGAAGAGGCGUAUCAGAAAAAAAAAAGACUCUACCUCCAACUUUGACUUGUGGUCCCACCAAGGGUGACGGACUUGACAUUUUUAAAAAAACCUCUUGCUGUGGGCAAGAGACGUGUGACCUUUUUGCCCCUUCAGGCUGAAAUCCCGGAGGGCUACAGACGAAGGUCGUGGUGCUCCUUCCCCAGAUCUUCAGCCCAGAAGCAAUAACAAGCACCCUUUCCUCGUCUCGGAAUUGGGAGGGGCAACUCAGAAUGAGCAGCGAGGUUGGGGCAACAACCAGAUAUUUGCCCCCCCUCAAGCUGGCAGCUAAAUGGCGAUCCCUCGUCCCCAAAUGUUUGUGGACCCUUUCCUUAAACAUACAGACCAUUCCCUCGUCCCCCACUCCUUGUCGGUAGCUGGUGGAAUUUGCCCUUGUUCUGUUUUUGGUAAUCAUGGCAAUUGGAUAUUUUUAAUCCUUACCUGACAGCACCCCCUCCCCCUUUCCUCUCACCCCCACCCCACCUGUUGUGCCCUCAUGGGGUGCAGUGCCUUACUCAUUAAUUUAUUAUUGCAUCUUGUUAAGAUUAUUGGCUGUAAAUGAUUCCAUUCCCUGGGUGUAGAGAUUUCAGUGUAAAAAGUCCUUCAUUUUCUCUUUCUCUCUCUCUCCUCCCUUUCCCCUCAUUCAUACGAGUCUGUGUAAAUAUUUGCACUGCAGCCUGGAGGGGUUCAGUCCCCCACUUUUCUCCCCCACUGAAAAAAAAUAUGAAUUGAAAUAAAAUAAAUUUUAAAUUCCCCCAUCAGGGAUUAAGGAAUUGAUGUGGGGGUGUCCCUGCAGCUGCACGGGCUUUUUAUUGGUUCAUUUUAUAAUUAUUUUUUCUUUUGCUAAAUAAAAGCCUGGAAAAAAUGA